GUGCUGCUCUCCGGCCAGGUCCCCAGAGCCUCGGCGCUCGUGCGUGCGGACGGGGAGGGCGCCCGCUGGGGUCCCGAGAGGUGGUCAGCGCCGGAACAGGCGUCUGAGGAGAAAGGCAGCGCGCGGCGCCAAUCCUUCCCGCGCGGGCUCUGGGAGGGAGCCGUAGGCAAGAGCGGAGUGGCCGCUCGGCGGCGCGCGGGGACAGGGCUCCCACGUACCUCGUCCAGCCGCGCUGAGGCACCUUCCUGUGCGCCGCCGCCCGCUCGUCGCCCCGCGGAUGGCUCCGGCUCCGCACGUGGCGGGCGGCGCGCUCCGGCGUGUUUACAUUCUGCGGCCGCUCCACGUUGUGCUGCCGUCCUCUCCUGCCAUUGGCCGGCUCCUCCCGGAGGGGGUGGGCCCUCAGGCUCCCGCUCCCGGGCCUCUGAGGAGACUUGGGGUUCCCCCCCCAGCCCUCCCAAGGCCUCUCCCAAAAUGCGGAGCCGAACCGCAGCCUGACACCCCGAGAUCUAAGAGCCACCGUGAGGGGCCCCGGCGCGAACUGGAAGGCGUGCGGGAGCCUGCGGUGGGCAACCAGCAUGGGGGAGGAGCCUCUGAGCCGUGCAGCCGCGGCGCGCGCAGAGGUUUCAUAGUCCUCGAAGAGAAUGUCAAGACGCAGUAGCCGUUUACAAGCUAAGCAACAUGCCCAGCCCAACCAGCCAGACUCUCCGCAAGAAACCCAGAUAAUUCAGGCCAAGAAGAGAAAAACAGCACAGGAUGUCAAAAAAAGAAAAGAAGAGAUCACCAAGAAGCAUCAAUAUGAGAUUAGGAAUUGUUGGCCACCUGUACUGUCUGGAGGAAUCAGCCCUUGCAUUAUCAUUGAAACACCCCAUAAAGAAAUAGGAACAAGUGACUUCUCUAGAUUUACAAAUUACAGAUUUAAAAAUCUUUUUAUUAAUCCCUCACCUCUGCCAGAUUUAAGCUGGGCAUGUUCACAGGAGGUUUGGCAAAACAUGUUACAAAAGGAAAACAGAUACGUGCAUGACAAACAUUUUCAAGUUCUGCAUUCUGACCUGGAACCACAGAUGAGGUCAAUACUUUUAGACUGGCUUUUAGAGGUUUGUGAAGUAUACACUCUUCAUAGGGAGACAUUUUACCUUGCCCAAGACUUUUUUGACAGAUUUAUGUUGACACAAAAGGAUGUAAAUAAAAAUAUGCUUCAACUCAUUGGGAUUACCUCAUUGUUCAUUGCUUCCAAACUUGAGGAAAUCUACGCUCCUAAACUCCAAGAGUUUGCUUACGUCACUGAUGGUGCUUGCAGUGAAGUAGAUAUCUUAAAGAUGGAACUCAAUAUAUUAAAGGCUUUAAAAUGGGAACUUUGUCCGGUAACAGUCAUCUCCUGGUUGAAUCUUUUUCUUCAAGUUGAUGCUGUUAAAGAUGUUCCUAAGGUUCUUCUACCUCAAUAUUCUCAGGAGACGUUCAUCCAGAUAGCUCAGCUUUUAGAUCUGUGCAUUCUAGCCAUCGACUCUUUAGAAUUUCAAUACAGAAUUCUGGCUGCUGCUGCCUUAUGCCAUUUUACCUCCAUUGAAGUGGUUAAGAAAGCUUCAGGUUUGGAAUGGGAUGACAUCUCAGAAUGUGUAGACUGGAUGGUGCCUUUUGUUAGUGUUGUAAAAAGUGUAAGUCCAGUGAAGCUGAAGACUUUUAAGAAGAUACCCAUGGAAGAUAGACACAAUAUCCAGACACACACAAAUUAUUUGGCUUUGCUGAAUGAAGUAAACUAUGUGAACAUCUACAGAAAAGGAGGGCAGCUGUCACCAGUGUGUAAUGGAGGCAUUAUGACACCACCAAAGAGCACUGAAAAACCACCAGGAAAACACUGAAGUUAACAAGCUGGAAUUGAACAAAUAAUGGAUAGUUUCAUAUAAAUGAGUUUUACAGGAAAGUAGUGCUGUGACUAUCCUUGUCUAAGGAGUUACACUGCCGUUCUUUUACUUAAAAACUAUGUCAAUUUGGCACUAAAUGCCUAGGAUGCACAAAAUCCUGGGUUCAAUCCCCAGCACUACAAAAGGAAACAAAACAAAAAAACUUCAAAAAAUUGGCACUAAAGAAGUAUUUCCUAUAAAAGAGAACUUGUUUACAAAGGUGACUUCACUCCCAAGAUAGUGGAUGGAAGCCAACAAUUUAAGCUAUAGCAGUUGUUUCUGUUUGUUACUGUGUUUCUUUAAAAUCCAGUGUUACUGUAUUUCUUUUGAUGAACUAGGAAUUUUAUCAUUGGAAUAUGGACUAAACUAGUGGUACCUUAAAGGAUACAUUAGCUGACACAGAACUUUGAAUCUAGAUUUUAUAUUCUUAAAUUCCUAUACUCUUGAAUGGUGCAAUUUGUUUUUGAAAAUAAAAUUAAGCUUAUUUACAAAGGUUGUUUUGUAAUAAAGUGACUAAUUUAUCUAAAGCUGUUUGUAACAAACAAUGAUAAAACUUGAAUUUUAUGAAUGGUAAAGUUCAAUCUGUUUUUAACUAGUUUGUCUGCCUUGCCAUAUUUCUUAAUCAGUAAGGCAUUGAACCAAAUGUUUAAACUGUGCUCUAAAUGGGAGAACCAAAGAAAUUAUAGACAAGAGACAAAUGCUUUGGCUUCUUCUCCUCGGGGUCUUACUUGAUGGAAAGGUUGCUUUACAAUCUUUGUGUAUCACAAUUUGGGUUUUCAAACUAUAUAAGAAAGUCACUUUAUUGCACUAAGAUAUCUCUAAGGCGCUUUAUGUUUGCAAAACUGGUGGUCCAUUUUUAAGCCCCAUAUUAUGAGAUGAGGACUGUGUCAACAUGAUAAAACUUUAACAUAUGACCUAAACUAUUUUCUUAUGGCAGGAAAUAUUAAAUGUAUACUUCUAGAAAUUUAUUUAUUUAAACUUGCUGUAUAUAGAAUAGCUACUUAUACAUUAAAUAUUUUAAGUUAGCCUUUGAAAAGGAAAUUUGGGCCUAAAAAAGUUAAUUACAUUAGAAAAAAAUGGUACCAGACUGCCAGAUUACCAGACAUGAACCUUGUCUCUCUUUGAAGAAAUUAUAAACUAUUGUUAAGAUAUGAAGUUUUUGUAUAAUUUGUUUAUAAACUAAUUUGUUUCAGUUUGUUUUGGUCUAAAAAGAAAACACCACUAAAUUGUACAUAUGUAUUAUAUAAACUUAAUCUUUUAAUACUGUUUACUUUUAGCCCACUGUUUAAAAAAUAAAAUUGAAAAAAAAAUUAACUAACUGCUUAAAAGUAAAGUUUUGCCAUUGCUUGUAGAAACUUCUUUUUCCUUCUCUGUGCUGCCAGCUGUAAUACUUCUUCAGGGUUGCUUGCAUUCAAUUCUGUUUGGCCAAUGGCUUUGAUCUUAAAACAGAAAAGUGUUAUUAGAAGUUUGAAAAAAAUUGUCACAGUAGUACACAUAACUCAAAGUUAACUAAAUCAAGUUUAAAACUACAGAAAAAAAUGGCAUCACAUUGAUCCACUUUUAGUAUGGUUACCUGGAGGGACAUUUACUUACACUAAAUAAAUUUCUGUAUGCCUAUGUGAUUG